AUGAGCUUCUUCUAUGGCCUCUUCACCCGGGCCCAGCAACAGGAUCGGGAUAUCCUGCUUAUCGUGAGUGGUUGGGAUGGCCUUACUACGAACCAAGGAGCAUUCCAGAAGCUUUUCGUGCUUCGACCGGAGAGUGUCUCUGUUCAUCUACGAAUUCUUUCCGUGAAUCAUGAGCGUUUGGAGGAAAAUGUUCCUCCACCCUGUUUAUAUGACGUCGAUAUCCACCAGGUUUGCGCCGUUUGGGCGGGAGACCUUGACCAGGAGGAUCCGGACGUCAAGUUUAACUGGUCGACUGAAUUAUACCUCAAAUUCGUCCCUGCAAUCGCCACGAGCAAGAUGAACCUGUCUAAGGAUUAUCUUGAGCUCCACCGGUACACCCAUGAACGGAAUGUCCAUCGCUGGGCAGGCCCGCGCCACAAGUGUGGGUUCACAGGGUGUAACGAGGAGUUUUUCACGGCUGGAUCGCGCGAUAAGCAUCAGUCAGUGAAGCAUCGGCCACCGGUGACGGAGGAAGCGAUUGCGAGGGAUAUAAGAGCGAGAACCUGCGGCUUUUGUGGGAAAUUGCUCGCUCGAAUUGAUACCCGAAGUCGACAUGAAAAGAUUUGCUCGGACAACCCGGACCGUGAGACCGGUCCAUCUCAAUCCAAGCCUACUAGCCGGUAUCGUCGCCCCGUCGAUCCGACAACUGUUCCCGUUGUCCAGGGGGCCGUCAAGGAGUACCGGCUAUUGGACGUGGAUGAAGUUCUAAGGUUGCCGAGAAUCGAUCCCGACGCGCCUGUUAUCUAUCGAGGCGAGCGAUUCUGCCGCUACCCCGGGUGUCAGUACACACGGGGAAUAGAGAGACAGACCCAUUUGCGUCGGCAUUACGAUAAAGACCAUCAGCUGGUCUUGCCCACCUUGCGGACGUCGGUAUCUAAGGCCGUUCAAGACCAGCACGAUCGUGGCCUUCAAUGGCUGUCGAGAUGUGUGUACCUUGGCAGGGUGGAUGGGGAGCCUCCAAGCGUUGGCUCGUGA